UCUUUUCUCUUUGAAAAUGUACCUGAGGAGAUCUUCCUCUGCAGCAUCUUACAACACAGACUCUCUGUCCUCCUCGCAGCAGAGCAACACAGGAGUUGACUGUGCAGGAAUUGUCUUGAGCUGUCUCUUCUGUCGGUUCUACGAUAUGAUCCUCAUGCUGCCCGACUCCUGCGAGGGACUCACCAAUCACUGCUGCCCCAGCUACAAGCACGUCAUCACCACAGUGGAGUCUACAUCCGGCAGUGAUGAUGACUCACACAUAGAUUUGGACUGUGGGGUUUUCGGUUCCUGUCAUGAUGCAAGCGACUGCCUGGAGCUGGCUAUGGAGGUUUCUGAAAUAUGUUAUCACUAG